AUGACGGGACGCAAGAGAAAGCAGGAGGAGGAAGACGAGCUUGUCUCCCUACCCAGUGACGAGGAGGAAGAGGAAGAUAUCGGCGCAAGCCGGCGCAUGUAUAAUACACCCAUAUCGUUGAACCCCGACUCGUCCCGUAUCUCGGAGCACUCGCUCCGGCCGCGUUGCCGGGCUGUCGGUGACGCACUCGGCGUCAUCAGGACGCCUCUAGACUUCUUGACCUAUGUCGAAGAUGAUGAAGACGAUGAAGAACUGGACGAUGAAGAGGACGAGGACUUCGACGAAGAGGAAGAUGGCGCUGGAGAGGGCGCUGAGGAAGAGAACGGCGUCACAGACAAAGCUCCCCCCAAGAAGAAGCUAAAGACGGCACCCGCUGCUUCGGGUGCCGUGCCGCACAAGAACGGCAAGGUUGUAGAGAACGGUGACGAAGAAGAUGAAGAGGGUGAGGGCGAGGAAGAGGAUGAGUUUGACGAGGAGGAAGAUGGAGACGACGCACCCGAGGAUGAGGAAGAGGACGACGAGGAUGACGUCGCUGAUGAACUCCCUGCCAAGGCCGUCAAGAUCUCUGCGGGACCCGCCGAAGUCGAGGGUGACGACGAGGGCCUUGCCGUCGGCGAUGAUGACGACGAAGAGGAUUGA